AUGCAUUUACUAGAUCGUAUUCAACACAGUUUCAAAGAUCGGGUCAAGCAGAGGCGUCAAAGCCUGAAUGAAAGCAAAAUCUUUGGAGAUGGAGCGCCUUCCACAGGGGGAGUUCAAGAAAGAACUCCCUCUUUUUUCGGAACCGUCAGGCUAUUCGAGGCGCACGCAUCCGAAAAUCUUAGGCCUUAUCCAUAUGAAACAUUAGAUGAUGUCAAUGAUGAUGUUGACGAUGACGGCGAUAGCGUAGAGAGCGGUUUUACCAAUUUUUUAUCAGAGAACUCUGAAGUUCGUUUUGUUUCAGAUAGUAUAUCUCCUGGUUUUUCAACCGCUUUGUCUCCUCGUCUGCGAUCUCUGAGUCAUCGUAUUCAACAGGAGACUACUUUUGGCGAUCAAUGUGUGAGCGACUCUCAGCGAAAUGAUGAUCAUAUUCGCUUAGAUAGCGACAGCCGUACCUCGGCAGAAGACCUAGAAAUAUUUGGUUCCCCUCUAGAGAGAAUUAAAGCUGGGAGCUCUUAUCCAAGCUCGGGCUGGGGAAUACAAGAUCAGAUUGAUCUCCAGAUGAGAGAAGAUGUUGAACAAUCAACUCCUAGCUCCAGACCCAGGAAUUUGCAUUCCAAAGAUAAGUUCGUUGCCGUUAACUCUACUAGAACGGAUAACCUACAUCUGCUCUUUAAAUUGCAAGAAGUUCAAAUGCCACAUCGACAUAGAAAAUCUAAGCGUAUGAUGAUACCCAAAUCUUGGUGUCUUCCAUCCGAAAAUCCUCAUCGUCAGGUCGGUUUCUACAAUGGCAUAUUCUUCAAUCAUGCUUCUAAGAAUCUUCAUUUCAAAGACAAUGUUCGAGAUAGUGCGAUUAAGGGAAUCUAG